CUUGAGUUUCUCUCUAAAUAUUCUUCUAGUUUUCAUCUAUUUUCUUAGGAGUUUUUUUUUAAUAUUGCAAAUUUUUAUAUAUAUAUAUAAACAACUGGCCGAGUUACAUCAAUAUCGCAGGUAAGCGAGCAACAAGCUGCGCCGCUACCCCCUUCUGAAUAGCAAACCCUAGCCUAUUAAAGACAAACCCCUGCCCCCCUGUUGAUGAGCAACUGCUGUGGACAACCUUUUGGACCCUAGUCAACAAACGGAUAGCUUCUGGAGCUAGGGAGCCAAAGGUGUCGAAGGCGAAGGGGACAAAUGCAUGUUGGUUAUCAGCACAUGCUUUAGCGUGUUUAUCCACCUUUUUAGAUUCCGCUUUCCUUAUAGCCUGUCCUGCUACAAACCCGCUUUCCCUUAAACCAGCUAAGGGGGAGACUCCUGUGAGAUCCACAUAAGCAUGUUUCCCUCCCGCCCAGCCAAAAACGAGCAGAUCCGCUGGUCUUAAUGUAGAUCUCCCUUCCAUGGGAUCUGUGAGGAAAUUCACAGGGGCCUCCUUCUUGGCAGAAAUCCCCGCUCUCCUCAAGAUGUCCCCCAAGACAUCUCUCACCCAGUCGUGCCGAUAUUUGAAACCAGGGAGCUCCUUACAAUGAAUAGCAUGCUCCCCGUAUUUAUCCAUGCAGGCUUUACGGCAAAUUGGGCAGGUUUCGUCUUCUGAAUACAUAGGGAUCAUCAGCCGGUAUUUGAGGAUAGCCCUAUACUCAACAGCCGACAUGCAUUGCCCCAGCCCCUCGAUCGGGAUAACAGUCAAAAAAUCUUGCGCAUGGGGGCCUUUCAAGCACUCAAUCACCGCCUUUUGACCCACUUUAACGGGUUAUCUAUCAAACCAAGUGGUACACAUCAAUAUAUAAAUACUACAAAAAUAUUUAGGGUUGGAGAUGAAAUAAGGGUUUUUAAGGAUUUGUAAGUAUAUGACGUGGCAGAUGACGUGUCAGCUAAGGAUGCCUAAGGACGCACGUAACAUUGGAGAUGGUCUAACAAUGUGUUCUCGUACAUUAUUAUGAGUUACCGUUCAAUGUGUGUAAAGACGAAAACAUUAGGAUCGAUUAUGAAUUUGCUUUAAAUUUGUAAAUAUACAGUGAAAAUCAUUGCAUGUAGAAGAAAGUACACCACAUGAAUCACAAAUGCUUUACAUGCAAAGGAAGGCAAACUUUGUGAAAUUCAAUCAAGAUGGAAAUUAACAACUAAAAUUAUAUUGGGACGACGAUCUCAUUGUGGCUAAGAAACAUAAUUGGUCGUAACUGAUGACGAAGAGCGAUUUAAAAGUAUUUCAAGAUGUAACUGAUGAGUGGCAGUUUGUGUGACACUAAUUUGAUGCCUAUCUAUAUAUCUCUUUAAAUAUUUAAAUAUAUUAGCGGUAAUUUAUUGAGCAUGUCACUUAGACGAUACCGUAUCUGUAGCAUUUGGUAGCAGGAAUAAGAGGUGAAAUGAAAUGAACCAUUGUAAGGGAAUGAAGAAAAGAGUGUUUGGUUGGUCGAUGGAAUGGAAUCAUCCAUUCCAAAAUGCAUUCCAUUUCCCUCAAAAUCAUUCCAUCCGUCCCCCCUGUUUUUUUUCCAUUCCAUUCCCUCUUCACCCUUCAUUAACAACACUACAACCCACCACUGUUGCUACCAUACACACCACCAUUGUCAUCCGCCGCCGUCACCCACCUCCGCCGCCACCCGCCACCACCUACCGCCGUCACCCACCUUCGUCCUCGCCACCGCCGUCACCGCCACCCAGCGCGCCACUGCCACCUCCGAUCAUUGCCACCACCCACCUUCGAUCAUCGCUGCCACCAUUGCCACUGCCACCUCCGAUCACCGCCGCCACCCACCGCUGUCAACCGCCACCUCUGACCACCGUCACCGCUGCUACCACCCCUGUUACCACCGCCGCCACCUACCUCCACCGUCAUCCACCACCACCACCGUUGUCACCAUCCGCCGUCGUCUCCACCCACCACCACCGCCAACCACCGCCAACCACCGCCGCUACAACUGACACCUAGCACCGUGCCCCAUCAUCGCCCAUCACUGACCACCGCCAUCUGAUUUUAUUCCUUCGUCUUUUUUCGCCUACCAAACAACAAAAAGUAAUGGUUCAUUCCAUUCACACAUGAUAACCAAACAAGACAUGGAAUGGUAAUGAUCAAUUCCAUUACCUCAUCCAUUCCAUUACAUCGUCCAUCCCGUAUAUAAAACGGUAAUUAAGAUAAAGUUAAUUACAUUUCCAUGUAAUGUUGCUAAUUGUUGGAGCAAGUCUUCAUGAAAUAUGUAAAUUCACAUGAACU